GAAAGUAAAAAUCCCAAACCCAAAAGCAAUAAAUAAGAGUACCCAGUAAAUUGACCCGUGCUCUUCAUUUCAUUCCAUUCCUUUAUAGCCAUUUCACUUUCCUCCCUCCGUUUCUCUCUUUCCUCUCCAAAACAACAAUCGACGCCUCAUUAACUCCGUUCCGUUCCGUUCAUCCCCCUCUCCCCGUUCUUUUUCUCUUAUUCUUUCGAUAUUUUCUCUCAAAUCCUCUGUGAGUUCAUCAAAUCUACGGAUUUCUGUUAUAAUUCACCGAAUCAUACGGUUAAAAAGAGAGAGAAUAUUAGCGGAUUUGAUCGCGUGAGAUGGCAUCCGUGAUAACGAAUCCAGUGACGAACACAAAUUCUGAUCGCAGCAAAAGGAAAAAGAAGAAGAAAUCAAUGAUCAAAGAGAAUCAGCAGAGCCAAAAGCAGAACCACACCAGAUGGAAAUCAGAGACGCAGCAGCAAAUCUAUUCCUCGAAGCUUCUUCAAGCUUUGAGCCAGGUCAGUCUCAACAGUCCUGCUUCGGCUCCUCGCGGUGGCCGGGCUGUCCGUGACGCUGCUGAUAGAGCCUUGGCCGUUGCGGCUAAAGGGAGAACCAGGUGGAGCCGGGCCAUUUUGACAAGCAGGCUUAAGCUGAAAUUUAGAAAGCAGAAGAGACCGAGAGGAUCCACCGCUUCCGUGGCCUCCAUAACUGGGAGUAGCUGGUCGAAGAAACCGAGAUUUAGCGUUUCGAAAUUGAAACCAAAAAGUUUACCGGCUGUUCAAAGAAAAGUCAAGGUUCUUGGCCGGUUAGUUCCCGGUUGCCGAAAGCAACCAUUACCGGUUAUUCUUGAAGAAGCAACCGAUUACAUAGGAGCACUUGAGAUGCAGAUUCGAGCCAUGAGCGCUCUCGCCGACCUGCUAUCUGGUUCUGGAGCCGCCGGCUCUAGCUCAGCUCCUCCGCCUCACUCCCCACCGCCGACUAGCCAGUGACACUUUUAUUUUCUUAAUUGCCAAGUGUCAUCAUCAUCUUUUAUUUUUAAUUUUUAUUAUCUUUCUCGCCCUUCUCUCUCCAUCUCUCAGCACUCCUGUUAAAAACUCCCUCGUUCUCUUUUAAAUGUUCUUGUAUAUUAAAAACAUUUUUAUUAUAUGACCUGUUUGGUUGCUAGAUUUCGGUUAAGUCCAACGAGAUCAAUAAAAAAAAUUUGACUCAUUUUUUUUCAACUUUUUUAACAACUGGGGAAAAGUUUCUUUAUAAAUGUUCCAUCACCUUCAUUUUUAGUGGCUUCGAAUUAUCAUUAUUUUUACAUUUAAGAAAGUAUAUAUGAAGAGACGAAGGGAUUCAAAUAUUAAUUACAAGGUAAGUUUACAUUGUCUAAUCGCAUAUUUUAUUGAAGCAGAUUUAGCAAUUCUAUGUUUUAUGUAUUUAUAUUAUUUGUUAUAAUU